AUGUCCCUCGUUGAGGAGGAAUUCGCUGAGGAUGAGGCCUGGCAGGUGGUCAAAGCCCGGAGCCUGGAGGUCUCCGUCAACGUCUUCAUGAUGAUGUCGGCACUCGGCACCAAGCUGUUGGGCUUAAAAAAUUCCUCCCUUCCCAUCUUCCCGAUCCCUCUCCCUAAUCACAGAGUGCCGUCGUCCUUCUUCCAGCCCGCGCCACCGUCAUCCCUCUCUCCUCUCACAGAGCGCCGCUGCUCUGCUCCCUCCUCACAGCGCGCCGCCCUCCUCCCUUCUCACAGAGCGCCGCCGCCUUUCUCCCAGCCCGCACCGCCGUCCUCCCUCUCUCCAGUUGUCCGCGCGGCCAUCGUCCUCCCAGCCUGCACCGGACCGAACUCUCCGGUCGCUCGGGUCCUCAUCUCUGAUCUGAAUAUUGGCGUCGUGGUCAUCACCGAGCAAGCCAUUGCCGGUGGUGGCGCGGACGAGCUGCAUUGCCUCUCCUCCCACGGACCACGGUCUUUGCUUGGAUCAACUUCUAGUGAACCACUGCAUCAUGAAGAGACAAGGGCAAUCAUGAUUGGCCUAAACAUCUGCAGAAAAUCUGUAAGGACAAAAUCCUCAAGACUGAAUCCAGGAUCUGUCGAGGUCACAAGUGACACUCUUGAGACUGCGCAAGAGGAUAUUGUUGCUCCUUUAGCCGCCCUUCUAGCUUAAAUGUCUUGAUCGAGCAGAACAAAAAGGAGAAGCAAAAUGACUGUCGUUCCCCUGAACCUUCCAAGGAGCAGGCGGAAGAGAGACGUUCUUCAGUGCAAGUGACAGGUAGAGAAGGUCUUUGAUGAGGACGUCAGGGAAGGUCGUCUCUUACAAAGAGAUACACCUGAAUGUGAAGAUGUGAUGGCCUCAUCUAAGAGUUAGUAAAAUAUAUGUUUUAAAUUAGUAGAAUCAUGUUUGUUGUAUGAUAUUGAUGAUAUCCUGUUGUUUUGCCUUAGUGGGGAGGACUGCUUUCUAAGCAACUCCCCCCUAUCGGCGUAGAACUAAGCUGACCAUAUUGAUUUAUUAUUGGAUACUACUCUGUCAAUGUUCCUAUUCUGAAGGUGCACAAAUGCAACAAAAAUUAGUGAGAUUAGCAGUGUUUUGUGUUUACUGUCAAUUUGUUUUAUGUUGAGACAAGCGUUAAGAAGCAAUAUUAUGAUCAAUUUGAUAA